AUGUCCAAGUCCGCCGCCGUCCUCUGCCUGCUGGUCGCUGCCUGCAGCGCCGCGCCCUCCACGAGACACAGUAGGCUCAGACCCAUCCUCGACAGCCGCAUCGUGGGCGGUGAGCCGGUCGAUAUCUCGCAGUUCCCCUGGCAGAUCUCACUGCAGGUUUACGAAUCCCAUCAAUGCGGUGGCUCCAUCAUCAGCUCCACGUGGGUCCUGACGGCAGCGCACUGCCUCGACCGUUUAAGCGCAAACAUGCUGUCCGUGCGAGUUGGUACCUCGACUAGUGGAAGCGGCGGCUCCGUCUAUGACGUUGCCAACAUGAUUGCACACCGCAAUCACUGGCCCGCCACACAAGACUACGACUUUGCAGUCCUUGAGCUUUCCGUAUCAAUCUCGUUUGAAAGCAACGUCCAGGCGGUCAGCCUCGGCAACUCGGAGCUCGCUGCAGGCACAGCAGUGACCAUUACGGGUUGGGGCGACCUCUCCUAUGAGGGAAACUCCACGGAACAGCUACAGGCGGUCACCACGCACAUCGUUGUGCGGAGUGAGUGUAACGAGUCGUACGGCGGGAGGAUCACGGAGCGCAUGAUCUGCGCCGGCGAAAAGGAGGGCGGCAAGGACUCGUGCCAGGGCGACAGCGGCGGACCCCUGGUGGUGGGAACCACACAGUAUGGAGUUGUCUCUUGGGGCACAGGAUGCGCAUACCCCGGCUACCCAGGUGUCUACUCUAAUGUGCCUGCCGUGCGCUCCUGGAUAACUGAAACAACCGGCGUGUAG